AUAUUUUCUACAACAACAUUCUAUAUGUAAAAAAUGAAAAAGUUCACAUUUAGAGGUGUUCUUGAUGGAUUUCGAAAUACGGUUCAGCCACAAACUGCACGACAAGAACAGGAGAUACAUGAAACACUGCGACCUGACCAUUUUGCAGUUAAGAAGACAUUUCGUCAUGGAUUCCCCUAUUCCCCAACGGCAUUUGCAUUUGAUCCAGUACAACGGCUGUUAGUUAUUGGCGAUAAAUCGGGCAGUCUCAGAUUAUUGGGUCGUCCUGGUGUGGACACUCAUGUCAGUCAUGAAGGCGAAUCUGCUUGUCCCGUAAUUUUAGCCGAAUUUAUAGUCAAUGAUGGCAAAUUGGUAACUGUAACCGCUGAUGACACAAUCCAUUUGUGGAAUAUACGCCAAAAAGUACCUCAAGUCAUACAAAGUUUAAAAUUUCAACGAGAAAGAGUAACAUGCAUUCACUUAGCGGUGGCGAGCAAAUGGUUGUAUGUCGGCACAGAAAAAGGCAACAUUCAUGUGGUCAAUAUCGACACAUUUGCCCUUAGCGGUUAUGUUAUAAAUUGGAACAAAGCAAUUGAAUUGGGUAGAGCUACUCAUCCUGGUGCUGUGAUUGCAUUAUGUGAUAAUCCAAUAGAUGCAAAUAAGUUAUUACUUGCAUACGAAUGUGGUUUGCUGGUCCUAUGGGAUUUGAAGGGCAAAUGUGCCGAAAUACGAUGGGCUUCUUCAGAUCCAGUCAAGUCAAUAGCAUGGCAUUAUGAAGGAAAAUAUUUUGUAUCCUCGCAUAAAGAUGGUUCCAUAUGUUCAUGGCCCAUGAGGCCGACCCCAAAACCUCAAUCUUUAGUAUAUCCUCAUGCCAAAACGUCAAGAGAGGGUACAAUAGAAAAAUGCAAUCCCAUUUUUAAAGUUGAUUUGAAAGCUUCUCAAUCUGGAGAGACCUUUACGAUUUUUUCGGGUGGUAUGUCAACGGAGAAGGGAGCAAAAUCGAAUUGUAUCACUGUUAUGGUGGGGAAAACCACCACCGUUUUAGAAAUGGAACAUGCUGUUGUUGAUUUUAUAACUCUUUGUGAAAACCCUUGGACGAGUGAAACACAAGAACCAUAUGCGAUAGCAGUACUCCUGCAGUAUGAUUUAGUAUUAAUAGACUUACUUACACCCGGUUUUCCAUGUUUCGAAUCGCCUUAUCCCAUGGACUUACACGAAUCACCUGUUACAUAUUGCACUUACUUAACUGAUUGCCCCUCGGAUUUGGUUCCUGCUUUUUACUCUGUUGGCCGCACUACGACAUCCAAAAAAACUGGUUUCUCCGAAAGGGAAUGGCCUGUAUCAGGUGGAGAGUGGUCGCCAGCGUCUUGUAGUUAUGCCGAAAUAGUCAUAACAGGCCAUCAAGAUGGCACCUUGAAAUUUUGGGAUUCUGGUGCGGGAUCAUUACAGAUUUUGUAUAAAUUGAAAACGGCGAAAAUAUUCGAAAAAUCCAAAUCCAUGCAAACAGACAGCAGUACAGAACAUCCACUGGCCAUUCAACUGAUACAUCUUUGUUCGGUGUCAAGGCGUUUGUGUGUGGCCGGUGCUAUGGGCCAAGUUAUUUUAUUUAAAUUUCGCAAAGUUGAGACGACUUCAGAAGUGCUGGUUCUGGAGAUUCCAAUACUCUUUGAAAACUUUGACGAUAUUUAUGGCACUAGUCCGGAAUGUGAUUUUAUACCACAUCAAGUUCAAAAAACAGAAUCUAGUGAAUCCGAUAAGACGGAUAACCUAUUGCGUGUUAAAUCAGGAGCGCAAAGGAAACCUCCUGGGUUUCAGUCACAAUUGGUUUGUCUGACAACUGGUCCAAACAAAAGAACUGUUCAAGUGACAUCAUUAUGUAUCAGUUCUGCAUAUGGAUUAAUGGCUUAUGGUACAGAAUAUGGGCUUGUAAUAAUCGAUAUUAUACAAAAAGUCUGCUUACUGAGCAUUGCUUGUCCAGAUCUGUAUGGCGCCCAUGAUCCCUAUUCCCGUACUCCAAAAAGUCCCAAACGCAUUGAAACAAAAGAUGAUCAAAGUCGUUCGCCCAGCUCCGAUCAGCUUCACGACACCACUAGCCCCGAUAGUCCAUCUAUUGAGUACAUAGCUGAGGCAAACGAAUCGAAUGCCGAACAAUCGAAUCCAUCAUCUCGGCCUGCUUCGCCGGAGGAGGAAAAAGGUGCCGUUGGUGGUGCGGGAAUGUUUGCAAAGAGUCCAAUGCGUGACGAAGCGUCAAUUCCACCCAAGGAUCUUCCCGACAGACGCAAGUCCAUGUCUUGGAAAACAUUCAAUUUGAAACGUCAAUUAUCCAAAGUCAAUAUGAAAAUCGGUCUGAACAUGAGCAAUGAGAGUGAAACGGCGGUGCCAAAGAGCUCCUCUGUCUUUUACACACAAACUGAAUGCUCGGCAGAAAACAGCGAUGAAUCCCCACCGAAGGAUCCGAUUGCAGUGGGUGUGGAAUGCAGAGAAAGCAUGACCGAGAAUAGUAUGGCCGAAGUGGCAGAUGCUAUAGCAGAGAGUGCAAAUGUGGGUGGAAUCGAAAGGGCCAAUAGCAGUGAAACGUCACCACCACCUCCUUUACCCAGCAAGCGUGUAGAUUUUGCCAAUGACGCCGAUGCUGGUGGCCAACAAAAUACCAGGCCAAAUAAUUUGCCAAUUACAAGCAGUGGAGGCGGCGAUUCAGCAAAUAUGGCACCGCCAACCCGACCACCACGUCAAAAACUCAAAGAGAAACGCGAUCAACGUUUGCUCUCAGUUCCGAAUAUAAAGUAUCAGGUGCGCGAAGCUCGCCUACGUACAAAUCGUAAUGAUUCAUCACCGUCGCUUGGUAGUGGUGGUGGCGCUAGUGGUAGUGGUACCGCCGUUACCAAGAAAACCC